AGCAACUGUAUAGCUAUUUGAAAGCUUUUCCUUCAAUCAGCAGUCAGUCGCUAGCCUUUGCCCAUGUGAAGAGAAACGUUUGCACUUGUGCUCGUGCCGUCGUCGUCGGUCGUUGUCGUCGAGGAUUUUGGGUUUUGGCUAUCAGAGCGCGCACACACACACACAAAUACGAAAUAAAAGAACCAAAAAAAUAGCAAAGAAAUUCACACGUAUAGAAAAAAGCGCAGCAGUGAAAAUGAAACGGCAAUAAUGUGGUAAAACCAAAGCCCUCCCCUUCCCAAAAACAAAAAAAAAAUGAAAAAUAAAUAAAAAAAAUAUGGCAAGUGUCGAGCUAUAGAAAAAUGCCAAAAAUGUGAGAAAUAUUGGAAUAUGAGAAUCCAACAAUUUAACGAAUAUAAAAGAAAUCAAAGGAACAGAAGCAGAGCCCAAAAGGCAGAGGCAAAUAUUUCUCUGCAUAUGCAUGUAAAAACUAAAAAAAAAAUAGAAUAAUUCGGAGAACAACAACAAGAACAGAAACUACAACAAGAACAGCAACAACAGCUACAACAGCCAGAGCAGCAGCAAUAAAAUCAAGAGCGUGCAAGGCGCGAGAGUCAAAGCACAAGCAAAAGCACUCGAUAAAAAGUUAUUAGCGAAAACAUAAAUACGUAACUUGCUCUCUGGACUCGCGCUCCCUCUCUCUCUCACUCUCCUUCACUCUCUCACUGUCACAAAAAGGGCGCCCAACGCCAACGCCAACGCGCAGCCCAACUGUUCUGCGAGGGUGUAUGUGUGUGUGUGUGGGGGAGAGGCAGAACGAGACGGACAGUAGGUAGGUCAGUGGCAGUGGGCGGCAGCCUAGCAGCAGUGCCAGCGCCAGCGGCAGCGGCAGCUGUGGCAGCUACGCCAACGCCAAAGCCAAACGCCAACAUCAACUGUAAAUUGCAAAGGGCAGCAUGUCCUGCACCGUUUCCGAACUGCCCAGCGGCUGUCGCUUGCGCGGCAUGAAUGCAUCCUCACAAAACGCAGCUGCGGCCAACAAUGGCAACGGCAAUGGCAGCGGGGACAGCGUCGGAGUUGGAGCUGGCAGCGCCACAGCGGGCGUUGGCGGUAACAGCGGCACAACGGGCACUAGCACAACGCUGCAGGGCAGCGUGAGCGCUACAUCGAAUGUGCUGCAGGAGUCAAAUGCGCCGCUGCAGCGGCCGCAAACACAGAAGCCAUGCUGCUUUUGUUGGUGUUGUUGUUGUUCCUGCUCCUGGGCUAAGUGUCUUGCCAUCAAGAAUGCGGAUGAAAAUGCGCCCACCAAACGUGAUCUCGUUAACGCCGAAUUCCUAGAUGGCGAUCAACCCACAUUAGAAGAAAUACGUAGUUGGGGUAAAAGCUUUGAUAAACUAAUGACGAAUUCAAAUGGCCGCAAAGUCUUUCGUGAUUUUCUGCGCAGCGAAUUCAGUGAGGAGAACAUCCUGUUCUGGUUAGCCUGCGAGGAUCUGAAAAAGGAGAACAGCGCCGAGGUGGUCGAGGAGAAGGCGCGCCUGAUAUAUGAGGAUUAUAUAUCGAUACUAUCGCCGCGAGAGGUGUCGCUCGAUUCGCGAGUGCGUGAGAUUGUUAAUCGCAAUAUGAUUGAGCCGACGACUCGCACCUUUGACGAAGCUCAAAUACAAAUCUAUACGCUGAUGCACAGAGACUCAUAUCCCAGAUUCCUAAACUCGCAAAAGUUCAAGACACUCGCUCAAAUGCAAGACAAUUCGAAUGCCGGCUCCAAGGCGGAUAGUCCCACUUAGAAUGUUAUUUAACCAUUUUCGGACUUUCAUUUAACUUUAGAAUUCUUUAUUAUUUGUUCGGUUAGUCCUUAGGGUCUAAGCGACAGCUGUAGCCGCUGUCCUGCCGCCGUUCGCUCAGCUCUUAUUUAAAACAAAAGAAGUUAUAUAGAAGCAAUAUGUCAUACAAACUACAUGAAUAAAACUAAUUCCAAAAGUGAACUAUAUAUAUAUAUAUACAUAUAUAUAUAUAUAUAUAUAUAUAUGUUAGCUGGCGAUCGGUGGAAGCAGCGGCAACAGUUGCGACUUGCUCUAAGUCAGAUAGAUACCAUAUAUAUAUAUAGGGCAACGCAACAACCAACUUAGACGAUAUAUGAUGCAUUAUGUGAAACCGAUUCCUUCUUUACAAUGUUCUAGUCGUUAACAAGAAACCAAAAGAAAAACCAAACUAGGAAAUUUAUAUAAAAGAAAAGAAAAGAAAAGAAAACUUAGUUGUUAAACUUAAACGCGGGCAACGGGUUAGAUAAUACACACUAUAUAUAUAUCUAUAUAUACAGCAGGCAUUUCUAGGGAGAAACUUUAAGAAGCAGAUAUAAGUUAAAUAUUUGUAUAAUGUAUAUUAGUUUGUAUUGUCUGGCCCAGUCUGGUACCCAGUCUACAGAUUGCGAAACAAUUAGCAUUAUAUUGUAAUAAUUGUUUAUACUAAGACGUAUUAAUCAAAUUGAAACAAAACAAAAACAAAAACAAACUUUAACGCAAAUACUUUUCCAAAAA